AUGUUUCCGCGACGCCGCCCCGGAUCGAGAUCCUCUGCUUGCGAGCUAGGGCCCAUCAGCGCCGAGCCACCGGAUCAGCAAACUACCCCGGAAGCUCAUCAGAGUGAACAUGCCCUGGGCUUCACCGAUAUAUACGGGUCCUUGACACCCCGUCAAGUCAGCAUCAUCACCAUUGGAUCGGCUAUUGGAACGGGCUUGAUGGUUGGUACUGGAAGAGCAUUGUCCAUGAGCGGCCCGGCAGCUAUAAUAAUCUCCUAUACUAUCGUCGGUUUCGCGGUUUACCUCGUCCUCUCUGCCUUGGGUGAAGUGGGUUCAUGGUUACCAAAACCGUAUACCGUUGCAGAUCAAGCCGUUCGAUUUUGUCAUCCUGCACUUGGAUUCAGCUUGGGCUGGAUAUUUUGGCUGAAAUAUGCUGUUGUUACACCGAACCAGCUCACAGCUGCCGCGCUGGUAGUCUCGUAUUGGGUGGGUGCAGAGCGAGUCAAUCCUGGUAUCUGGAUCACGGUUUUCCUUUCGAUCAUUGUGACCCUCAACUUCAUCAACCACCGCCUCCCGAGCAAAAUUGAGUUCUAUGUCUCUUCAUUCAAGCUUGUCGUUAUGCUUGGACUCAUGAUACUGUCCACCGUAAUUGCUCUGGGAGGCGGUCCGGAUCAAGACACAAAAGGAUUUCGGUACUGGUCGUACCCCGAUACUUUCGGCGCUCAGCACCAUCGUGAUCACGCGUUGCUGGAGAAGUUUUACCUAACCUGCUCCACGAUGUCAUCUGCCACGUUUGCAUACAUCGGAAGCGAGCGAUGUGGCUUGGCUCACUUCCCAAACGUUCGAAAAGCUACCUCACGGGCUAUCCAGAAUACAUUUUACCGAAUCAUGGUUUUCCAUCUGCUAGCAAUCACCCUUCUCGGGAUGAUUGUCCCCCACGACUCGGCAUCUGUGGCAUUUUCCAGCGAUGCGUCCCACGAAGCUGCCGCAUCCGCGUUUGUUGCGGCUCUGUAUUUGGCAGGCAUCUCCGUGCUACCGGAUUUGCUCAAUGCAUGCAUCCUGUUGUUCGUCCUGUCCAUCGCAGACUACGAUCUUUAUCUAGCAACCAAAGCAAUGUGCGACCUCGCAGAGAAGCACCGUGCGCCUGCUUUCCUGUCACGCACUACCCGGAGAGGCGUCCCGAUCUAUGCUUUAGCUGUGUGCUCAUCAACUGCAACACUGGCAUAUCUUAACGUCCGUCAAGACUCGACUGUUGUGUUUGGGUACUUCGUAGACAUGGUCACGAUGCUCGGCCUGCUCACGUGGAUCUCUAUCCUCGUCACCCAUAUCUCUUUUGUGCGAGCGCGAAAGGCUCAAGGCAUUCCUGACAAAGCGCUUGCUUUUAGAGCUCGCUUUGGUCUGCCUGGCACGUGUCUAGCUCUCGCUCUCUGCUUGUUCAUCUCCGUCGCCAUUGUAUUUGACUCUUUCAGCUUUGAUGAUUCGGGAGUUCGGACGCUCGACAUCAAGUCCUUCAUUGCUUCGUACAUCAGCAUCCCUGUGUACAUCAUCUUGAUGAUUGGGUACAAGCUUGCUGUGCAUAGUAAACGUGUUGACCCCAAGGAGGCUGAUCUAUGGACGGAUAAGUUUGAGCCUAACAGUGUGAGAGGGGAAAGCCACAGCUGA